GAAAACUUCCAGAUCCAUUGAAAUCGGUAAACCAUCUUUCAUCGUUCCCAAAAUUGAAUAACAGUCGUAUUUACAAAUUGAUAAGAGGUUGUAUGAAUCCUACCUCAGAUUAUAAAACUGUGAAAAAAUCUGCGAAAGAUGCAUUAAAAUGCAUUGAACAACUGUCACCCUCUUCAGCUGAGACAUUUUCUACCCUAAUACGUCGAAUUAGUCUAACCAUAAUUAAUAGGGAUUUGAUAGCAUUGCUUUUAGAUAAAAUUAGAUCUAUGGAUACUUCUAAACAUAAUGGCGAUUCUAUUAUUGCACACGAAUUAUUUAGGAAUCCUCACUCUAGAACUAGUGAUGUCAACUGA